AUGGAUGAUCAUAAUAUUUCCCAGUGGAUAAAAAACAUUCACAUUGAAUGUAAGACGAUUGUGCUGUUCGAACUAACGUCAAACGUAAACAAGUUUCAGCGUAAUGCAUACUAUCUCACAGCGCUAGGAUUGCUUAACGUGGCACUGAUCGCUCUGAACGAAAAUUACGUAUACACGUUUUACUUAAAUCCAUUUCGGGUUCGAGGACACGCUGGGUUCCCCGGCUACAAUGUGUUAUUCUACGAUCGACUGAAAACCUUACAAAUAACAAAAUUGAAAGCAGUGUAUAAGAAUGAUAUAUAUACCGUCGGUGCAUGUGAAAAUAUAGUAGGAGAGGACAUUGCAUUAUUACAGCUGUUUGCCAAAACUUUCAACCUCGAGUUGCAUUUGACGAAAUUGCAGUGCAACGACAACGAAACGAUCAGCUAUUGUAGUUCGAAGUUAAACAAUUUGGAUGUUUUAUGGAAUCGUAAUUUUUUCCACCGGUACAACAAGUUCAGUGUCAGCUGUAUGGAGAUGGAACAAAUUGCUUUUGCUACCCCGGCGGGACGAUUGUUAACCAUUUGGGAAAUUAUGUUGAAACCCUUCCAGCAUUCCGUAUGGUGGUUAAUUCUUGCGUUGUGUCUCGGUUUUCUGCUCAUGGAACAGCUUGCACCGAAAAUGUUCACCAACAGUCUGGUAGGUCUGGCACUGUUUGGGUUUGAAAAGCGUCAGCUUCGUUUCACACGACCAUCCGAAAAGGUGGUGGCAAUUGCGUUAAUUGUAAUGUUUUUCCUGUUGAAAUGUGGCUACGAGACGAAACUCAUAUCUUACAUUACGCAAACUCCUCGAGAACCAGGUGCGCUGACGAUUCAAGAUUUGCGCAAUCGCAACAUUACUGUGUAUCACAGAAACUUUGAUACCAAACCUAUGGACAAACUGCAUGGAAUGUUAGGGAAGUACGAGAGUGAUAUUAUGCUGUUUGAUGGUUUAACUGUUUUGGAGAAUCGAGUUGGAUUACAGAUUAACACCAUGCAUAAUGAGGCGACUCGUGAUGCUGAGCAUUCGUACAAAAUACUUCCGGAGAAUGUAUUAGAAAUGCUACCGUUCUAUACUUUUCAUCCCAAAACGCUUAUUCGACGGCCAUUUCAAACAUUUCAAUACCGAGUGUUUGAAGCUGGUUUACCAUCUUACUGGCGGCAAGCAAAUUUCAAAUGUCCUAAAUUAUACAAAAGUAUAACUCAGAUCAAUGACCAGCAAACAGAACAUUUGAUACAUGUGGAUAAUUUAAAACCACUCGUAUUGUUUUUUUGUUUGCUGUGGGCGAUGGCAAUAGUAGUAUUUGUGGUGGAGGUGAUCAUAGUGAGAUGUUUUGCGUGUUGUCGUUGAAAAUCGAAUGCACAUAGGUUUAGUUUGAAAGAAAAUCUUACGAAUGCUUUCGAUGCUGAUGGUUUAUUUAGCAAGCUUUGCUUUGUCUGCUUUUGAUAUAAGCACGAUAAGUAUUCGUUUUAAAAUGUUAAAAUAAAGAUUUGUUGUACAUUACAUAUAUUGUUGUUUUUCUUUCCUUUAAAAACCAUUCUAAAAUGUUCAACACUUCAAAUAUAUAACAUAAAUAACAAAUAACAAACUGGCGGCAAGAUGCAAUUGUUAAGAAAGAAUAAACAAAGUAUAUUUU